AUGGAUUCUCAGGACUCUUCGGCUCCGCCACCCCACGCCAACCACCACCACCACCACCACCUAUACCAGCACCACCACCCUCAACCGCCGCUGCCCACACACCACGCCGUCCUGAUGGGCCCACACUCCCAAACCCAGCUGCAUCCGCCCAACAUGCCGUACCCACUGCCCGCCGGCAACAACAAUUCCGCCUCAACCGCUGCCGCGAACGCCCAACCCAUGAUGCACCAGCAGAACCCUCGAUUCCCUUUCAGCUCCGGCCAUCCUGCGCCGAAACCCACGGAUCAUCAGUACUCCGAUGGGUCCCCCUCCGCCAGCGGCGGCGGCUGGUUCAACAUUGAGCCGUCCAAAAAGAAAAGGGGCCGGCCCAGGAAGUACUCGCCCGAUAACAGCAUCGGUCUGGGUCUGUCACCCGCUCCUGCCGCCCAGAUUUCUCCAUCUGCUGCCGCCGCCGGCGGCCACUUGGAUUCCGGCGGGGGGGCUUCGGCUGACACCUCAGGCAAACGCAACCGUGGAAGGCCUCCUGGUUCGGUGAAGAGGCAGUUGGAUGCUCUAGGGGUUCCAGGUGUUGGUUUUACACCUCAUGUAAUUACAGUGGAAGCAGGAGAGGACAUAUCAUCAACAAUUAUGGCUUUCGCGCAGCAAGGACCACGCACGGUUUGCAUUCUAUCUGCUAAUGGUGCCGUCUGUAAUGUGACACUUCGCCAGCCAGCAAUGUCUAGCGGAACAGUGACAUAUGAGGGACGAUUUGAGAUCAUCUCUUUGUCUGGGUCGUUUGUAACGUCAGAAAGUAAUGGGGCCCACAGUAAAAGUGGUGGCCUGAGUGUCUCGCUGGCUGGAACAGAUGGCCGAGUUUUGGGCGGAGGGAUAGCUGGAAUGCUUAAAGCUGCAUCACUUGUUCAGGUUGUAGUUGGGAGCUUUAUUGCAGAAGGAAAAAAAUCGAAAACCGGGCCAUCUUCUUCUUCUCCUGCUGUUGCUGCUAACAAUACUCCUCCAUCUUCAAAUAUGCUGAAUUUCGGUGCUCGUGCUACUGAGGCCAGCUCGAGUUCACCGGCUGCUUCGAGUGAGUCGGGUGAAGACAAUGAUGGUAGCAAUAGUCCUCUUAAUCACCAUGGCUCGGGAGCUUACCACCCGAAUGCUGGACGGCCGGUGCAUAGUAUGCCCAUGUAUUCGAACAUGGGUUGGCCCAACUCCAUGAAGAUGCAUCCUCAUUAA